UCCAGUCACGUCGGCUAUGCCUAAACGCGCGAACGUAACUUCAAUUGCGUUAUUGCUUAUGGUUAGGGAGGCGGUGCUUUCAUUUAUGAAUGGCACGUAAAUAGGCCGAUGGUUUACUAUGUACAUUUAGACGAAUGCGUUGUUUGCCUCGGCGUUAAAGUUUAUUCAAGCUACAGUGCAGUGAAUUAAAAUUCAAAAGUUGGAAUACACGAAAGAGAAAUGGAAUUUUAUUUCGUGACAAUCCUCUUCCUUAUUGGAAAAGUCGCAGGUAUAAAGACGGAUCCUCUCGUGUUUUGGUCAAUGGACACGUAUGACGGUGAAACAUUGCUGCCCGACUUCGGAGAUAAAGAUAAAUAUUCGUGUGAUUUGACAAGCUUGGGAAACAUGGAGUAUGUUCAAGCGGGAAUAAAAGGCAACGCAUUACAUUUGAACAAAGAAAAAAUUGAAUUAAUUGAAAAUAUUUGGAAAUCCGAUUGCAUACGAAAUCCAGUUGAAUGUAAAGAUGGAUUGACUCUGGCUUUCUGGCUAAACGUAAAAGAAUUCACAUCACGGCGCAAUCAAGUAAUAGUAAGAAGCACAACAUCUUACAAAAGCCGACCAGGGAUAUAUAUCGGCGGUAACGACAAAGAUGAGAACUCACUGUUGUUUUUUAUUCGUACUGCUGAAGGUAAACAGUACGAAGCCAAUCUACAACGAACUCUUGUUAUGGGUAGAUGGACUCAUGUUGCCAUGAGUUGGAACAACCAUACUGGAAUGCAGGUGUCCAUCAACGGUACCCUGCUUAAUCAAAAUGAGUAUACUGACACGCCUUCUGUCAAAGACGUACGUCGAUCAUAUCCCAUGAGGGUAGAUUUUGUUGUUGGCGAUAUUCUUGGACCAAUAUUUUCUCUUGACGAGUUUUGGAUUUUUUAUCAAAAUAUUUCAGCCGAGGAAAUUCUCAGUUUGUAUGAAAAUGCUAUAGCAGAAGAAACAGCUAAAUCACUUUCUAGUACAACCUCAACCACGGAACAGACACCAGGGCCUAGAACUACUACAGCGCAAUCAUCAACUACAUCAUAUAACAUACCAACUAAUGUAACAGUCGAGGUGUUAUGGACCAGUACAUCUAAAACCAUGCCAGUUCUAACUGAGAUACCUAGAACGUACAAUGCAACAAGAAAAAGCAUAGUUCUACCUGGCACUACUAAAUACUAUAUCAACGAAAAAGUUACUACUAGUUUCGUUCCAAACGACUUUUCUCCGCAGUAUACAAAUGUCAGUAUUUUUGAAAAUCAAACUAGAGAAAAUGUUGUACAAGUAACAGAAAUACAAACUACCACCAGUACAACUACUACAACCAGACCAUGGCGCACUUCAUACAAUGGUUGGUUUUACUCGCAGACUUGGUUUCAUGUUGUUAUCAUAUGUAGCUUUCUGCUUUUGCUAGCGGUAUCAAUUUGGUUAUGUGUGGUGCAUUGUUGCAUACCAGCAUGUGAAAAGGAGAAAGAAUUGAAGCAAUCGUUAGCCAAUACGGAAGACCAAGUCUUAGAAGCGUUGGUUUGACAAAACUAUUCACUAACACUCAAAGGUGACUAAUACUCGAAAUGACUGCAUUAAUUUUUGAGUUUUUCCUCGAGAUAUACCGGUGUUUUCACAUAUUGAUCUAGAUGUGCCAUGUAUGGUCCAUAGGUUAGCAUCGCAAAUUGACCGUAUAAGAUUCAAACUUUUGUGUUGGAUUUAAAUUGUACUGCGAUAAGUUUUGUUAUGCAUACUUCACAAUAGCAAUUACAUCUGACAGCAAUUUGUUGUUUGGUCUAACAACGAACGACCUAAAAUUGGUGAGACGCUGUUAGUUUAAUAUCAAAGUAGAAAGGCUGCACAAUUUUGCGCUCACAAAUAAAAUGUGUAUGUUAUGUAACGAUACUUGCAACAAAUAAUAUAGGCUAAAGUCCUCCAAUAUUUUAUCAUCACACUUUUCUAUGCUUAUCGAUAUACAAAAUUUGCAAGCUUUGAUUCAUUCUACCUCUCCGUAUAAUUUAAUUGAAUAUAAUAUGAAACAUUUGCACAUUGAAACGAAUAUCUCAUA